GAGACGGUGAACAAUGAAGUGGCUGACUGCUGAGACCAGUGCACCCCCCACCCACUAACCCACCACCAUCACCACCAUCACCUCCAUCCCGUCUCCCGUCUCACACAGAGUCCAGCUGGACCGACGGACCAACCCGACUGAGCGCGCACAGAGACUGCAGGACGCAGAGGGAACAUGUGGCUUCAUGCGCGCAGACUGCACACAGCGGAGCUUUGCUGUGGAUGUGAAUGAAUGAAUGGGCUCAUCUCAGUGUGUGUGUGUGUGUGUGUGUGUGUGUGAGUGAGUGAGUGUGGUGCUGAAGUGGGUCAUGCGGACCGCUGGAGGAGCAGCGAGAGAUAAACACGCAUGCUCCUCCCGCUGUUUGGCAGGUUGAGCUGGUGGAGGAGGGAUUCCUGCCUGUGCCUGUGCCUGCGUCCUCGCCCCAGCCUCCAGCAUCAGAUGAUGCUUCUCAUUUAAUCCUCCUCCAAAGAAAGUCACAAACUGCGGAGCGCCCUCCAAAAACAAACGCUUCUCCAUGCAGGGGUUUUCCUCACCUAUGAAUCAGUGAGUUUUUCUUUUCUUUUCUUGGAAGGACCCGAGCUGUUUUCCCUCAGCAGCAGCAGCAGCAGCAGCUCAUCAUCAUCACCAUCAUCAUUAUUAUUAUUAUUAUUGUUAAACUACCUUCAAACGCAGAGAGACAACCUCCAGCAGUUUCCCCUGCUGCAGACCGUUUAGAGCUCCGUGCUGAGCCGCGCGCAGAGGCUCUGCUGCACCGAGCGGAUGCAGGACCAUGGAGGAGAGAGACAGGUCGCCAGCAGUCUGCCCCACAGUGUCAAGGCGAGCCUGUCUCUUUCUCCGUCGGGGCCGGGACGGGUGAGCAGCGGUGGCGGCGGCGGCGGCGGCGGGGGCUCGCCGAUAUCCAAGAUGGACUACUGCGGCAGCGGGGUGCCCGUGGAGGACAUGCAGGCCCUGGCCAUCACGUCUCUGUCGGCGUCAGAUGUAGCUAAGCAGUACGAGCACAUCCGCGAGCUUGGGAAGGGCACGUACGGCAAGGUGGACCUGGUAGCUCACAGAACGCAGGGCACCAAAAUGGCGCUAAAGUUUGUUACCAAGAACAAGACGAAGCUCAAGAGCUUCCUGCGGGAGUACAGUCUAACAGGCUCACUUAGCUGCAGCCCUUUCAUCAUCAAAGUCCUGGACGUGCUUUUCGAGACCGAGGACAGCUACGUGUUUGGACAGGAAUAUGCACCCGCCGGGGACCUCUUUGACAUCAUCCCCCCACAGGUGGGCCUGCCAGAGGAAAUGGUCAAACGCUGCAUGCAACAACUGGGCUUGGCGCUGGACUUCAUGCACAGUAAGAACCUGGUGCACCGGGACGUCAAGCCUGAAAACGUGCUCCUGUUUGACCGCGAGUGCCGUCGCAUCAAGCUGGCAGACUUUGGCAUGACACGGCGGGUGGGUUGCCGCGUGAAAAGAGUGAGUGGUACCAUUCCCUACACGGCGCCCGAGGUGUGCCGCGCCAGUCGCUCGGAGGGUUUCCUCGUGACCACCAGUCUGGAUGUGUGGGCGUUCGGCGUGCUGGUCUUUUGUAUGCUGACGGGGAAUUUCCCCUGGGAAGCGGCUCUGGCUGCCGAUGCCUUUUACGAGGAGUUCCGGCGCUGGCAGAAAGCAGGUUGUCCCGUGGGGACGUACCCGUCUCAGUGGCGCCGCUUCACUGACGACGCCCUGCGUAUGUUCCAGCGGCUGCUCGCCGCCGAGCCGGAGAAGCGCUGCGGGGUCAAGGACGUCUUCUGCUUUGUCAAGUACGAGCUGGUCAGCGAGCUCAGGCGCAGAGCCUCCUGCCGAGCCAAGAGAGGCGAGAGGUCAAGCUCAGGGGUUUGCACCGGCAGCUGCACUUCCUCCUCGUCCUCCACGGCGUCACGUUCCUCCCACCGACACGCCGAGCCCUCCACCCCUCCGGGGACGACCUGCCUGCGCCCGGCGCCGCUCAAACGCAGCGUCCUCUCUGACCCGUUGUCUCCCAGAGAGGAGCCCGGACAGCACCAGUCGCCGGGCCGAGACAAGAACAAAAGCCAGAUGGUGAUGGCAACCGCCAUCGAGAUCUGCGUUUAGCGUUGGAGACUCAAACUGUGACGAGGCGUCAACGAGACUCCAGUGAUAUACUUUCACCAUGAAAGAUAAGCUCAGGAUCACAUCCAUCGCUGUGAAGAUGGGACACCGUCAGUCAGCGGUGAACACGACAGCUCAUCAAACCGCAGAGGUUUGAUGACCAAAGACUGCUUCCUAAGCCGCGAAGCCGCGCAGGCAGCACUUAACAAACUUGGCCGACGAUACUCGCCUCUGUCGCCCGGACUCUUGUGCCCGUACACUGUGGUGCUGCUAAUGAUUCUACAGUUAGACGCGCCAUGAAAACGGAUUGUCUCUUCUCACUCGUCGAUCAAUCAAUGUCUCUUUGCUUUAGCUCUAAUUCAUCGUGCAUUCAAAGCUCCAACGAGGCCAAAACGCCAUUUUCAUCGGGCGGUGCUGUUCCGCGAGGAGCUCGGGCGAUUUAAGAGCGACUUUACAUUCCUUUACCAUUUUCCUCUGACUUCCUGCCAGCCUCUGAUGCUUCUAGUUUUUCAAAAACAAAAAAAAAGACCGAAAAAGAAAGUUUUAAUGUAGCAGAGUUUGUAUGAGAUGUCUUUUCAGUUGAGUGUCAUGAGAGGCAUCACCUCAGGACACGUCCGUGGCUCAUUGAACUUUGAACUUGCUCUCAGUGAGACUCCUCUCCAGUAGAAUACAGGGACUGUACAUUUUCUGAAUGAAAAGGGUGACGUGAUGGAGUAGAGAUUAUUAUUCUUUUCUUUUCUAACUGCUGUGUGUGUGUGUGUGUUUGGACUUGUGUGUGUGUGUGUGUGUGUGUGUUUCAAACAUGAAAGCACAAGAUCUUUUGUAAACGGAGGAGAAAUCUUUAAAUGUACAUUGUUAAACAUUUUAUAUAGAAGUGCACUGUAAUAUCAGGUAGUUCAUCUAUAUGUAGCUGUACUAAUUUUCUACGACAUGGGGG